AUGGCUGGUGCCACCAAGGCAAAAGCAAGUGAGCUCGUCGGGAAGCUUGCCUCAGACAUAUCGGAUUUGGAUAACUAUGUUUUUUCGAGUUCACCUAGUUCUUCGCCCAGUUCUUCACCACCACCGGUUUUAGAGCGAGCUACAGGCAAGAACAUCCGUCUCUCUACACGCGAGAGACAGGCUUUGCUUUCUGCAAGGGCUUGCCCGGCGUCAGCCCUCCAGCGUCCCUCGGGCAAAAACCUGAAUCUGACCGCACGGGAGAGGGAACAACUGUUCGCGGCACACGCUCACAGUCCCAGCUUCGGAGCUUCAGCUCCCCAGCGUCCCUCGGGCAAAAACCUGAAUCUGACCGCACGGGAGAGGGAACAACUGUUCGCGGCACACGCUCACAGUCCCAGCUUCGGAGCUUCAGCUCCCCAGCGUCCCUCGGGCAAAAACCUGAAUCUGACCGCCCGGGAGAGGGAACAACUGGUCGCGGCACACGCUCACAGUCCCGGCUUCGGAGCUUCUCCUCCUGCAUCGGGGCCAAGACAUCCACAGCCCCUGCCUCGGAGAUCCAAUCUAGGGCAUCUCAGAAGGAAGCGUAGGAGGACCAUUAGGCCACUCAGGACAAGGCAAACACGCAGACAGCGAAACCAGCUCGCCUCCAUCGCUCUUCGAGCUGUUUCACUGUUCAGUGAAUUAGUACAACUUAUCUUAUAA